AUGUCCAAUGGCACCAGCAAGAGCGGCUCCAAGUCUUCUUUUCACUUCGUAGCCGGCCUCGGGUCGGGCGUCCUCUCGGCCGCCCUUCUUCAACCAAUCGAUCUUCUCAAGACCCGUGUGCAGCAGUCCCCACACCAGAAUAUCAUCCGCACCAUCUCCGAGAUCCGCCACACCUCUCCGGCCGGCCUCCGUGGCCUUUGGCGCGGUACUGUCCCGUCAGCUUUGCGCACCGGCUUCGGCUCUGCGCUUUAUUUCUCCACCCUCAACGCCAUCCGCCAGGCCGCCGUGCCUCUAUUCGCCCACGAUGCCACCGUAACCACCUCCCCGACCGGCGGCAACAUCGUCAGUAACAAGAACGACAGCAGCCGCCUCGUCAAACUCUCCAAUACAGGAAACCUCUUAGCAGGCGGCGUUGCUCGCGGCUUCGCUGGUUUCGUUCUCAUGCCCUUGACUGUCAUCAAAGUUCGGUAUGAGAGCUCUUUAUAUUCAUACCGCUCCAUUACCGGCGCUGCGGCCGACAUAUUACGCACCGAGGGUCCCCGCGGCUUCUUCGCCGGCUUCGGCGCCACCGCGCUCCGUGAUGCCCCCUACGCGGGGCUCUAUGUUCUGCUGUAUGAGCAGUUCAAACGGCGUUUGGGCGGCGUCAUAAGCAGCAGCUCAGUGCCGGAUACCACCGAAAAUAACCGGAUGGGCGUGUCACGAGCCGCGGCCGUCAACUUUUCCUCGGGUGUCUUGGCCGCCGUGGCAUGUUCCGUCGUGUCGAACCCCUUUGACGCCGUCAAAACGCGCAUCCAGUUGCGGCCCGGGCGCUACCGCAACAUGGUGGUCGCUGCCAGGACCAUGAUGGCUGAGGAGGGUGCUCGGUCCUUCUUCAGCGGCCUGGGCUUGCGCAUGAGCCGAAAGGCGCUUAGUUCCGCCCUGGCAUGGACGCUGUACGAGGAGCUCAUCAUGCGCGCCGAGGUGGGCUGGUCCUUGUCCUCGAGUCGGACGGAGAGGGCCAUGUAA